AUGGCUACAGCUAGUCCACCGGGUCAAGGAAUAAAAAAUGGUAUGAAAAUUCUCGUGAUUGGUCGCAAUGGAGUUGGAAAGUCCUCCUUAAUCAAUAAAAUACUUGGAGCACCUAGAGCAAAGGUUGGUAGCUCUGUGCAGCCUACUGAGCAUAAGGUAGUUGAAGAAAUUCACCACACAGUAGGUGAAAAUAAUGAUAUACCAGUUACAGUAUAUGAUACUCUGGGCUUUGGAGAUGCAAAAAUAAAAGAUAGAAGUAUCAUUGAAAAAGCAAUAUCAAAAAUGAAGGAUGCUGACAUUGUUCUAAUAUGCCACAGAUUGUAUGCCAGAUUUGAAGACACCACUGAGAAAAUGCUCAAAGAGAUGAUAAGAGCACUGGGUAACGACUUGAUGCAGCACACAAUCAUUGUGUUCACCAAUGGGGAUCAAUAUCUUACAGAAUGGGAUGAAAGCAGUGGCAUAACUGCUAAAGAACAAAUGGAAGAGCAAGAAAAAAGACAUAUAAAUACAGUGUAUCUUGCAGGCGGAGGCACAGCAGGAGCAGUUCUAGCAGGAGCGGCAGGUGGUGCAGCACUUGGUGGUAUUAUAGGCAGUCCCAUAGUACCUGGGAUUGGUACUGUAGCUGGUGCAACAGUCGGUACGGUGGUUGGUGGUGGAGCUGGACUUAUAGUUGGAGGAGUUGGAGGAACAGGAUUAACUGCUGCUGGGCUGAAGGUAGCAGAAAAGAUUGAGAAAAAGAAAGAAAACAAAGAAAACAAUUGA